CCGCCGCGCCCAGCCUAAGAUGGCCACGCUGCUCCGUAAGAUCGGGCUCAUCCGCCUGCACCGGGACACCGGCGACCCCAAGCACCACCGCGGCGGCGGCGGCAGCGGCGGCCAGCAGAGCGCGUCGCUGCGCGGCAAAGGCGGCGCCAAGAGCGGCGGCCACAAGCCGCCCCCGCCGCCGCAGCAGCCCGGGGGCGCGGGCGACGCCAGCCCGGGGCCCGGCCAGGGCCGGCGCGCGGCGGAACCGGCCCCGCGCGACAAGGCUGCGGCGCCGGCCGUGGGGGCGGCGGGCGCGGCGGGCGCCGGGGGCCCCCGGGAGCGGGCGGCGGGCGCCAGGGCGGGGCCGGGGCCCGCGGGGGCGGCGGGGGCGGCGGCGGGCGGCUGCCCGGUGCCCGCGGGCCGCCAGCAGCACUGCACGCAGGUGCGCAGCCGGCGGCUCAUGAAGGAGCUGCAGGACAUCGCGCGCCUGAGCGACCGCUUCAUCUCGGUGGAGCUGGUGGACGAGAGCCUCUUCGACUGGAACGUGAAGCUGCACCAGGUGGACAAGGACUCGGUGCUGUGGCAGGACAUGAAGGAGACCAACACCGAGUUCAUCCUGCUCAACCUCACCUUCCCCGACAACUUCCCCUUCUCGCCGCCCUUCAUGCGGGUGCUCAGCCCGCGCCUGGAGAACGGCUACGUGCUGGACGGCGGCGCCAUCUGCAUGGAGCUGCUCACGCCGCGCGGCUGGUCCAGCGCCUACACCGUGGAGGCCGUCAUGCGCCAGUUCGCCGCCAGCCUGGUCAAGGGCCAGGGACGGAUCUGCAGGAAAGCCGGCAAGUCGAAAAAGUCCUUCAGCCGCAAGGAAGCCGAAGCCACCUUUAAGAGCUUGGUGAAGACUCACGAAAAGUACGGCUGGGUGACCCCGCCCGUGUCCGACGGCUGAGCUGCGCCCCGAGACCGAGCCGCCCGCCCGCCCGUCCACACGCCCCGCCAUCUCCCCCCAGCGCCGCCCACCCCCAUCCUUUUCUACUCCGGCCGGAACGGCGUCCCGAAUGCCAAGGACUCGUCUAAGUUAUUUAUGAACCGACGUGUUUACAGAGAGAGCGAGGGCGCCCACGCCCGCGGUCGCCUCUAGGGGGCGCCGCGUCCCCGCCGCCCGCCCCGCCUCCACCCACCCCGUCACCCCGCCCUCGGCUUCUCUCCGAGACGACGACGGGAGCUCCACCGAGCCAGCGGGAGACUCGCACGCGGCCCCCGCCUGGCCCGUGGCCGUCGUCCGCGUCCCCCGGGAGCGCGGCCGGUCCCCGCGCGCCGUGCUCCGUGUCUGUUUCUCUCCCCGGCAGGUCGGCGUAACUUGAGGACGUGUCUUUCUUUCCGUGGCCUGUGGUCCGUCCGCUCCGACGACGCGUGGGCUCUGAACUUUGGCUCGUGAAAACACACAGCUCUCACCUUGCCAGAUCCUAGCGACUCCACAUCGACAACUGCCCACGUGGUGAAACCGUGCUCUCUCUCUCUCCUCAUGCUGAUGUUGUGUGGUGUGCUGCUGUUCUCAGAUAAACCAGUGCCAUUCAA